CAAAAAUUGAAAAAGUUGAAACAAAUCAAAAGCUCUUUCCUUUCUCAGAAUCACUUCUCAUUGUCUCGCUGGUUCAACUUGAAGAACCAAAGUCACCAACGAUGGAUGUUGAAAACCAAAAUCCAGAUUCAAGCUUUCCGUUCUGGAAACCCGUUCCUCGCAGGUUCCAACCCGAUUCACCUUUCUUCGCUAUCGGUAACCUCGAACGGGAACUUCUUGUCAAACAGGUUGCGUUGGAAUUUACAGAAGAGAAGGAACAGAUUGAGAGUUUUAUACAAGAAGAUGAUAGGGAAGUCUUCUGUCCUAUUGUUGGGUGUGGAGCGCGUUUGGCUUCAAUGGAUGACUUCGAAAAUCACUAUAAUGCAAGACAUACUGCAUCCUGUUCUGUGUGUUCUAGAGUCUAUCCAACGUCACGUUUGCUCAGCAUACAUGUAUCCGAAGCUCAUGAUUCUUUCUUUCAGGCAAAAGUUGCACGCGGCUAUGACAUGUAUGAAUGCUUAGUGGAAGGGUGUGGUUUGAAAUUCAAAAGCUACAAAAGUAGGCAGCAGCAUCUGGUCGACAAGCAUAAAUUCCCGACAUCGUUUGAGUUUUUCAAGAAGGCUCUGCCGUCAAGAAAACAGAGGAUGAAGUCUCAGCGCAAAAAACCUUCUCAUAAGGAGGAUACUUCAGGAAUGAUGGAAGUGGAAAAUGCAGCCAUGGAUGACCUUGUCUCAGCAGUCUCUAGAUUGAAUACAACGGACUCCACUCCUUCCUCUAUCAGCUUUGGUCGUCGUAAUACCAAAGGCUUGUCAUUUGUCCCUCGGGCUGUUCAGCAUGGGAAGGGGUCAAACUCGGGUUCAUCCGUAACUAAGAGAUCAUAAGCUUCCACUUUAACCAAAUUACUUUUUUGAUUGCCGAUUGAUUGAUCGAUCUUCGGAUGCUGUCCCAUUACAAAAUCUCUGCGUGUCUUCUUUCCCAAGGCUGAAGAAGCUGAUAAACUUGAGGAUUGGAAAAUAGAAUCAUGCUGGAAGAUAUAGUAUAAAUCUUUUUGUGCUCUCGUAUGCUGUAUUUAUCGAACUGUCAGAUCUUGCUCAACCAGUUAUUAACACUCGCGUGAAUGCGUGAUUUUUUCAAAUGCUGGGAAUCUAAUUGCAGGGAAGACAUCCCAAGCCAUCAUGGGUAGUUUUUUUCCUCUUUAUCUUAGUUCCUUUUAAGGGUCAAUGUUAGGGGUGGGAUCAAAUGAAAAUAUGAUGGAGAGGAUUUCAAAUGAAAAGGAAAUGUAUUAUAAAUCCUACAUCAACAAUUCAUUUGACUUUUGGAUUGAAAAGUUGCAUAUUUUGUUAGUUCAA